AUGGGAAAGUAUUUUGCUGUGUUUGUUGUUCAGUUAAUAAUUUUGGCACGAGCAAGCUUACAAUCCGAAGAGAUAAGUGAAAAGACAAUUGAGGAACUUCAAAGUUAUUUGGAUGAUUAUGAUAAAUUGAUCGGAGAAAAUGAAGAUAAGCUUAAAAAGCUGGAAUGGGAAUGGGAGCUGGAGAUAAAGAACUUUGAUUUUAAUGAAGAAAAAACCAACGUUAACAACCAAUUUACGGACUUGCAAAACCAAUUGACCGAAUGUCAGAACAACCAAACAAAGAAACAGUCAAUAAUAAGGAAUUUCCUUAUCAAAUUCAUGAAACUAAUUGACGAUAAGGCAAAAGAAAUACAAAACUUGCAAUCUAAUAUUACGGAUGCUGACCUAAAGCUAAGAGAAUGUUCUGAUAUUUCUAAAAUAAGUUUUGAAAUCUUCAACUUGAAAUCUGCUCAAACGCAGAUGGAAGAACAGAUAACUAAAUUGAACAUUAAAGUUCAUUCAAAUGAAAAUCAACACAGAGAUUUCCAGGAUCGAUCUUCCGAAAUUGAGCCAUUAACGCAAAAAAUAUCAAAAAUGGAAUCGCAAUUAAAACAAACAGAAAAUACCAUCCAGUCGCUGAUUGUGAAAACUCAGAGCAAUUUACCGGAAAGCUGCGCUUGGAGAGAUGGAAUUCAAUUUAUACAAGUGGCUGGUGCCAAUCCUUUCGAAGUACUUUGUAAUAACGUUGUGUUCGGCGUCGGCUGGUUGAUAAUUCAGCAGCGAAUUGAUGGCAAAGUUGCCUUCAAUCGCAACUGGGCUGAUUACAAAAAAGGAUUUGGAGAUUUUCAUAGCGACUUUUUCCUUGGAUUGGAAAAACUACAUCGAAUCACAAAUGCACAACCGCACGAAUUGUUUAUUCGGUUAACUGAUCCUAAUAAUGUACAAUUUUUUGCUCACUAUGAUCAUUUUAAGAUCGGUAACGAGGCGAACGGAUACUCUUUGGAGGUACUCGAAAAUUACACAGGCAAUGCAGGCGAUGCCAUGACUGAAAAUAAGUUUCAAACAUUUAAAACUGAUGAUCAUGGUAAUUCCUAUCAAAAUUAUUGCCCAAACGGAUACUCUGGUGGCUGGUGGUUUCCUUCUUAUUCUUGUGGAAGAAGUAAUCUAAAUGGACAGUACGACAAUAAAGCGUUUUAUAAUAUGUUCUGGGAUCGUAAUGUACGCCCCAGGCUUCUUCAAACUGUCUACAUGGCGAUACGGCCCAGGCCAGCAAGGCCGUAAAAACAUUUUGAUAUGCUUGCUAACUAAUUAAUUACAUAAUAUGAAUAAAUAUACA